AGAGGCGGCUCGGUGCCUGGGCUGGCCGAGGAUCUCUUUGCGCCUCCGCCGCAGGGACUCCAGCGAGGAUGGCCGUUCCGCGGAGCUGCUGGCUUCUGGCGCUGCUGCUCGCCACCGUCGCACCUGGCGGGCAGUUGUACUUACAAGCCAAGACUUCUUGUAGCACUGAGCAACAUUAUGAAUAUUCUGGACAAUGCUGCCUCAAAUGUGAACCAGUUCCACCUGCUUUCCCCUUUUUUGCAUUUAAAGGAAAAGCUUUAAUAGAAGUGAUUCCAGGAAACAGCACAUUCCAAAGACAGUGUGCCUGUACUGCUGGCUACCAUUGGAACAAAGACUGUGAUUGUUGCCGUCGAAACACAAAAUGUGCUCCUGGUUCUGGAGUGAAGUUUCCCAUACAGCAAGAUAAGAAUACAGUGUGCGUACGGUGUCCCACUGGUUAUUUUUCUAAUGUCUCCUCUGCAACUGAUCCAUGCAAAUCCUGGACAAACAGAUUUACAAUACUGGGCCCAGGAAAUAUGCCACCAAAUUAAAGGGAAAAAGGAUUCCUCUUGUGAUACAUUUGUAAACACAAACGCAGCACAUCCUGCUGGCCUUCAGCUUUUGGGAGACACGUAUUUGGUGGAUCUUGACAAAUAUUGCUUUCCAGGUGAGAUGCAUUACCCGUGUGAGCACCUCCUGGGUAGAAAAGAUGAUCCUGAGAAAAUACUUUACGGGUCAGGAGGAAAUUUCCCACCAUUGUUUCUAACUACCAUCUCUGAAGAUGACCACUUGAGACAGAUUCCUAUGGAAGAUGAAUACACAGACAAAGCAACCCACGGGCAGUGUUAUUUACCUUUAGUCAGCCAAUCUGAUAGCAAACCCACAUCACCCUUCUCUGAACCGCUAGAAGUGGGAGAGAACGACAGCUUGAAUUACUUCUUCACCGGAACGGAAAAUCUGGAAGAAUUAGGACCCUGCUGUUGCUUAGACCCGCCAUGUGCGAUGGAUCCUCUUCAGGCUUCCUCACACAAAUACCUGCAGGGUUCUUGUAACCAUUUCACUUGUGCCAAGAGGAGAGAGGUUGAUAAUGAAGACGCAAGUACUUCCCGGCUAUUGUCCGAAGAAAAGCAGAGUUUUGCCACCUCAUCUUCUAGACAACCUCCUAACGAACUGGACAAUGCCGCAGAUUCCUUAAAAGAAAAUGGAUCUCCUCUGCUAGGCCCCUGUGGUUUGAAAUCUCCUUCGCUAGACCAAAGUGGGCCGCCAAACAAUAUUGGAGACCAAAGUGACUCACCUGAUGGAAAGGACCAGAAUACAAAAAGAACAUCGGAGUCAAGCUACAAUGCUUCAGAUCCACCAGCAGCAUCCG